AUGGCGGCAACACCGAAAUCGACGAAAAAGAACGCAACUGCCAACGGCAGCAGCAGCAGUACUCCUGCUGCGUCUCCAGUAUCAACGCCAAAUCGCAUGACCAGAGCACAGGCUCGCGCCACCGGCACCAAGAUCAAGACUCCCUCACCUUUGAAGAAGGGAAACAGCAUUUCGACUCCAAAAGCUUCCGCCAAAAAAGCUGCGCCUGCGCCUGCUACUUCCGUCCAGGCUGAAGAGAAAGAGACCACUUCGCCAUCCGAUUCUCCCUCCAAAUCAAGGACUCCAAAGAAAACUUCCACACCGAGCAAGGCCAGUCCCACAUCGUCCAAGAAGAGCUCUUCGUCAGCGAAGCGCGAAGCUGAUUCUCCCACCAAGCUACCCGCUAGCCAUGCAAAGCUGACGCGAAAACCCACUUCGGCUUUGGCUACUGCUCAACCUAUUGUCGCAGAAUAUUCCGAGGAGGAAGCAGAGGAGGAUGUAGCAGAGGACGAAGAAGACGACGACGAGUCGGAUCUAGAAGAGGGACAGGAUGUGUCUGAGAAGGGCAUGCAGCGACUGAUGGCUGCGCUUGGCGAUGACGGGCUCGAUGAGGUAGACAUGGCUGCGCUAGAUGAGCUCGCUGGCGAAGAGGAAGAGGAUGACGAUGACGAUGACGAUGAAGACGACGAAGACGAGGAGAACAAAAACGAUAGCGAUGAGGCGUUGGAACACGACGACGACGACGACGACAACGAGGAAAGUGAUUCUGAGGAGCUUGCAGCAGAGCAGGAGGAUGAAAUUCCUCGCGUUGUCCCCAAUGCCAACGGAGACACUCUGGCCGCGUCGAUCGCACGAAGCGGUCUUGUCCCCGUCGAAGCAUCUGACGACGACGAGGAAGACGACGAGGAAGACGAGGAAAACGAGCAAGAAGAUGAGGAUGAAGAACCCAUCGCGUACGAAGACCUUCCCGACGACGUUGAACUCUCUGAGCAAGCCAAAGCAUCACGCGUUCAACGCAUCAAGAUCAACAACGAGUCUGCUCUGCGUCGCAUCUACGAAGACAUCCGACUCGACUCUCCUUCGUCGUCGUCCAAGCUUGCGUGGAUCGAAACUAUGCGCAUCACCUACCCGAUCUCGGUCUCAUCCCAAGUUACUGACGCGGAAAAUGACCUGGAGCGUGAACUUGCCUUCUACAAGCAAGCGCUGCACGCCGCUGUGGAAGGCAAGAAACUCAUUCAAGCCUCUGGAACGCCUUUUACGCGUCCGGCCGACUACUUUGCUGAAAUGGUCAAGACUGACGAGCACAUGGAACGCAUCCGUCAGAAGCUGCUCGAUGAAUCGGCUGCGAUCAAGGCAAGUGAAGCCGCCAAGAAGCAACGCGAGCUCAAGAAGUUUGGCAAGAAAGUGCAGGUGGAAAAGCUUCAGGAACGAAUCCGAAACAAGAAGGAGCUCAACGCACGUAUCCAGGGACUCAAACGCAAACACGGUGACAUCGAGGGCGAAGAUGGUGGUGCGGAUGAAUUCGAUGUUCGUUUGCAAGAAGCGAUUGGUGGUGGCGAUGCAGAGAGGUCUGCUAAGAAGCCAGCUCUCGGUAAGGCAGGUCGAGCCGCAUCCGGCAAAUCCAAGAUGCCCAGGUCCGCGCGUGAUGCAAAGUACGGGUUUGGUGGCAAGAAAAAGUAUUCCAAGAGCAACACCGCCGAGUCCACCAACGACUUUACAGUCGGUCCCGAGAGAGGCGCAAGGGGUAGCAAGGUCAAAGUCCCCAGUGGCAAGGCAGGCUUCCGGCCCAAGCAGAAGAGUGGCGCUGCCAAAAGGCCCGGUAAGGCCCGACGUGCAGGAGCCAAGUAA